AUAAUAAUAAUAGUAACAAUAACGAUAAUAAUAACUCCUUGGAUUUCACGGAAUCGGGCAUCGCAUAAACGAAUACCAGUGGAGACUCGACUUUAGCCCCGGUCCUGGUCUCAACCUAGUUGCUGAAUCGUCACACGCUCGACUCUCUCAGGCAGUUGAAUUCCCUAUAUUUUGAAAAAUGUCAACGAAACGAAAAUCGCUCCCAAAUAAAGUUGACAUCGACCACAAUAAAAGCACAAGAAGAAAAGCAGGCCACACGGCACCCUUCGUUCGUAAAAGGCAUAAUAUGUUAUCGAUAAGUAAAAUAAAUGCCGCGAAUGUUAGCCCAAUUAGUAAUAAUGGUGAGGUGGAUGAUAUAAAGGAUUGUGUGAUUAUAGUUUCUGGAAGUCAUUUCGAUAAAACAUACGUGGACUUGGACAUGGACUCCAGAAGCCCAUCGCGGGAGUCCGGCUCGAGCUCAAGCGAUUUGGAUAUGAGUACUGAUAAUAUUGUAGUGGGCAAUAGUAGGCGCAAGGAGAAGGUCGGAAAGAACCGAAGGAAGAAAUCAAGUGCAGCUAUAAGGAAUCAGGAAAAUCUAUUAAAAGCAGAUGAAAAUACUGAUGAAUCCUGGGAUACGAGUGAAAGGACAGAUAAGAAAUGGAUAAAGCUUGAGAGUGACCUUAAGUGUUGCGAUAUAGAGGUUGUCACUGAACACCAGCAGCUAUUUUCUAAGCCCAAUCUGCAAAAUAAUACGGCAGACUCGAGCAGCUUGGAUCCAAUUCCUAUUAAUCUGGACGCAGACCCAUUAACCAUCUACGGGAGCUCCACAAAUGCCACGGAAUAUACCACCGUUCAGGAAGCAAGCUAUCUGCAAAGAGAAAUAUGUAGGCCGCCUUCUUGUGGAGAAAAUCAAACACAUGCCAAGGAAUACACCGAUUUGGAGAUGAUUAAGAAUUUUCAGUUUAUACGAAGUCGUUUACUUGGUCAGCCUCACUACGACGGGAUGACAGACAUUGAACAUCAACAACAUCUACAAAAUGUCCAAAGAUUACAGCAUGAAAACUGCUUCCAGGAGUUGCAUAACCAGCUGAGCAAUCAGUUUGGCGCGUCGGUUCGAUUCCCAGCACCACCUCCGCCGACGCCACAUCAACAUCAGACUGGAGUUACUGCCGUGUCCUCCGGUAACUUGGUACCAUUCCUUCCCGCCUUCUUGCAGCCACAGCCAAUACCAAACCAGGCGCAGCAACAGCUGUUACAGUUAAUGCCGUCAGGACCUGGUCACCCGGCAUUUGAUCCCCUGAGCGGACACAAAAUGUCCUCCAUGACACCAACAAUGUGGUCCACAGCAGCGGUGGCGGCGGCGGCUCAUAUACAGGCUGCUCUCGCGGCUGCAGCUGUUGCCGCGGCCUCCAAUAGUAAUAAUAAAAAUAAUACAAAAACUAAUACUAAUAAUAAUAAUAGUGAGCCAGCAGCAACAAGCAUUGAUCUCGAGGUCGGAGGAAAACGAAGGGGUGGCAAUGGUAAUGGAUCAUCGUCCUCCGCCAUGUCCAGACCAGAGUCGCCACAAUUUGAGAACCCCUAUGCUAUCUCCGUUUGCUACAGUCACAAUACACCGCCCGAGUCGCCUACGAACAACCGAGCUAUCGAGUGUUCCAAGGCGGAUAAUCUCUGUGAAUCGAUCCAGGACUCUGACAUGAUGGAGGCACCACUGAAUCUAACUAAGCCAAAGGUGUCACCGUGCUCUUCGCCGACAAGUUGCCAUCAGCACAAAGAACAUAGUCACCAUUAUCAUUGUGAAAGUCUGCCCACAACAGCCUGCCUUGUGUCUAGUCCGCCAUUAAGCUGGCAACCUCAAGGACCAGGACAUCAUUAUAACGAAAUUGAGUCGUCUCUUAUGAAAAGCCAUUGCCGAGGAGGUUGGAAUAAUGCCGUUGGUGGAUCUCGGGCAAUGCGACUAAGUCGAGAUUCCAUUAAUAGUUGCGGUACAAAUUCAGAAAGAUCAACAGCUCUAGAUCCCGAAAAUGUCAAUCUUGGACAGCCCAUAGCUCCACCGCCGCCCCCACCUUCGACAUCUUCAUCAUCACUGCCACUGAGGCAGGGCAGCAAUGGACAUAGUCACGGGCAUAAUCAUGGACACAGUAAGCCGCAUAUUAAACGACCGAUGAAUGCGUUUAUGGUUUGGGCCAAAGAUGAAAGACGAAAAAUAUUAAAAGCUUGUCCAGACAUGCACAAUUCAAAUAUAUCGAAGAUUUUGGGGGCCCGUUGGAAGGCCAUGUCGAACGCCGAUAAGCAACCGUAUUACGAAGAGCAAUCCCGUCUCUCAAAGCUCCAUAUGGAACAGCAUCCCGACUAUCGUUAUCGCCCGCGGCCCAAGCGAACCUGUAUUGUUGAUGGGAAAAAGAUGCGUAUAUCGGAAUAUAAGGUCUUAAUGCGUAAUCGACGGGCUGAGAUGAGACAACUCUGGUGCCGAACGGGUGGCGUUGGUGGAGACUCGGGUUCGGGAAAUGCCUGUGCCGAUUCCGGAGAGGGAGGACAUGGACCCAAUGUGCAUGCAGCGGCUGCAGCUGUUGCCGUAGCCGCAUAUCAUUUACAGGAUGUUGGCAACGCUGUAGCGCCUUCUUCGCAGCAACUCUUUUAUCCUCCAGAAAGCUUAUCACCUUCGGGCUUUUCGUCUUCGGAUGAUACGGAGUUGGCGUCCACACAACGUGAACUAUUGGACGAUUAAGAAAGCUAAGAAUUUAAAGAUAUAAAGCAAAGCUCGAACCUGCGUAAACAAGAAAAAAAAGCCAACUUCGGAAGGCCGAAGCUUGUAUACCCUUGCAGCUUGUAGUAUAACUUUUAAAAUCAUAGCAUAAUUUAUAUAUGUAUGUAUAUUUAGCGGUGUGGGAACGACCCAAAAAAGUCGGUCACUAAAUAUUUAACAAUACCCACUCACAAGCCAUGGAUAUUACCUUUUCUUCUCCAUAAUCCUUAAGUAUUUUUAGCUAUUGUGCCUAUUACGAAGAAAUCCAAAACAUUGUCAUAUAUGAAUUCAAUUGCAAACAUUAUAUGUUAGCAACUUUUGGGAUCGCCAUCGUAUAGGAAUUUUGUUUGCUUUGAUUUUGUCAUAGUUGUCCGAUCGGUCAUAUAGACUACCCACAAUCGAUUGCAUUCAGAGCUUAAAAAAAGCGGCGGCACUACGAUGUAUUUUUUAGAAUAUUGCGGUGUUAUUGAAAUAAAUAGACUACCCACAAUCGAUUGCAUACAGAGCUUUAAAAAAGCGGCGGCACUAUCGAUGUAUUUUUUGGAAUAUUGCGGUGUUAUUGAAAUAAAUAUUUCUACUAUAAAUAUGAAUUCAAUAAUGUAUUUAAAAUUAUACCAAUUCAACAAUUUUGACUGAAUUUCUCAUUUUUAUAUGGAGGGAAAGUACAGUAAUGUCUACUAUAUCCGUAAAUAUCGAACAAUGUCGCCAUAUUUUUCAGUUCUAAGACAAACGGAUAGUGGGGUUAUUGAUUUUGUUUUGUUAUUUUAGGGGUAGUAUCGAAUUUUCAUUUCAU